AUGGGGUCGCCGGAGAACGGCCCCGACGAGCCCCUGACGCUGGCGGGGCGCCUGUUCCUCCAGAAGGAGAUGAGCCAGGUGAUCUACUGCGUCGACGGCGUGAAGCACCCCCUCGACAUCGACGCCCUCAAGUCGCCUGAUGGUGCGGACUCCGCGGGCCGAGAGCACUGGAGGAGGACCCCUGUGGACACCGACAGCCACGUCGUCGUGGUCCACGGCCCCGUCGCCGACAGCCUUUCCGACGAGGAGGCGGUCAACGAGUACCUCGCUGACCUGUCCACCGACUCGCCGGGGCUCCUGGGUGACGACAAGCCCCUGUGGGACGUCCACCUUCUGAUGGCCCGCGGAUGCCUGGUGCUCCGGAUCCACCACGCACUCGGCGACGGGAUCUCGCUGAUGUCGAUGUUCCUGGUGUCAUGCUGGCGGGUGGACGACCCCGAGGCGCUGCCGACGAUCGGUCCUCCGUCGUCGGCUAAGAGAAGGAGGGGCGGCGGCGGCGAGUGGUGGAAGGCGGUAGAGAGGGUGGGUGGUGUGGUUCACGUUGGUCUUCGCAGUGGAGUUCGUGCUGCGGAGCAUGUGGGCGAGCGACCGGAAGACGCCGGUGAGCGGCGGCGAAGGGGUGGAACUCUGGCCGAGGAAGUUGGCCACGGCAAGGUUUCGGUUGGAGGACAUGAAAGCGGUCAAACCAUUAAUGAUGUUCUCUUCGAGAUCAUAUCGGUCGGCUUGUUCAAAUACUUGGACCACCGAUCUCCCAACCCUGUGCGGGAAAGGAUUCCAAUAAUCGGAGUGGCAAUGGUUAAUCUGCGAGAACAACAGGGAUUGCAGUUGAUUGAAUUGAACUGUGGUGCUGGUAUUAAUCGGGAACUAUCCAAUUCGAUGAAAGGCAACCCGGGACUGCGGUGGGGCAACAAGUUUGGGAUUCUUCUCCUCCCCGUUCACUAUCACAGAAGCUCUGGUGAUCCUCUCGAAUACCUGAGAAAAGCUAAGUCAAUGAUAGACCGGAAGAAGAAGUCCUUGGAGGCUCACUUCUCCUACAGAAUCGGGGAUAUCGUCAUGACUUAUCUAGGAGCACGUAUCGUGAGCCUGCUCAACUACAGGAUUGUCUGCAGCACCACGUUCACCAUCUCGAAUGUGCUCGUCCCACACAAGGAGAUCGCGGUCGUGGGCAACCCCAUCACGUACAUCACGUACAUAAGGGCGAACUCCUCGAGUUUACCUCACGCAAUCACAAUGCACAUGGUGAGCUAUGUGGGGAGAGCGGACAUGCAGAUUCUGGUGGCUGAGGACAUCAUCCUUGACCCUAACUUUUUGGCCAAGUGCUUUGAGUGUUAGAAUAUAAUACGCGGAAACGACAUAAUUUUGCAAUUUAUUUCAAUGCAAAAUCAUCAAAGAAGUAAAUGAGAAAUAAUAAGGAUAUCAGAAAUUUACGUGGUUCGAUUCGAAUAUCAGUACCUACAUUCACGGAGAG